CGGGAAGCCGAAGCCAUGGCGGUGGCUGUGGCCUUGGUGGGAGCCGUCAACGGGACGGAGCUAGGCCUCGCGGAAGAACUCGCCAAACUCGAGUAUCUGUCUUUGGUGUCGAAGGUUUGCACUGAGUUGAACAAUCACUUGGGGAUCAACGACAAGGAUCUGGCUGAAUUUGUGAUCAGUCUUGCUGAGAAAAAUACCACCUUUGAUACUUUUAAGACUUCUUUGGUCAAAAAUGGUGCCGAAUUCACGGAUUCUCUUAUCAGUAACUUGCUGCGUCUCAUACAAAUCAUGCGGCCUCCCCCAAAGCCUUCUACCGGCAAAGAUCCAGUUGUCAAACCCAAAACUGAGAAAGAAAAGCUGAAAGAACUCUUUCCAGUCCUUUGCCAACCAGACAACCCUUCUGUUCGGACCAUGCUGGAUGAGGAUGAUGUGAAAGUCGCUGUGGAUGUCCUGAAAGAACUGGAGGCUUUAAUGCCCAGUGCAGUGGGCCAGGAGAAGCAAAGAGAUGCCGAGCACCGGGACAAGGCAAAGAAGAAGAAGAAGCGGAGCCGGAGCCGAGAACGAGACUGUGAUAGAGACCACAAGUGGAGACACCGGUCCCGCUCUCGAUCACGUUCCAGGACCCGGGAGAGGAAUAAAGGGAAGUCUAGAUAUCGGUCCAGGAGUAGAAGUCAGAGUCCCCCCAGAGACCGGAAGGACCGAGACAAAUGUGGGGAGAGGAAUCUGGACAGAUGGCGGGAUAAGCACGUGGACCGCCCUUCCCCGGAAGAGCCUGCUAUCGGGGACAUUUACAAUGGCAGAGUUACCGGCAUCAUGCAGUUUGGAUGUUUUGUGCAGCUAGAGGGACUAAGGAAGCGGUGGGAAGGCCUGGUGCAUAUUUCUGAGCUCCGGCGGGAAGGCCGUGUCGCUAACGUGGCUGAUGUGGUGAGCAAAGGCCAGAGAGUCAAGGUCAAAGUGUUGUCCUUCACUGGGACCAAGACCAGUUUGAGCAUGAAGGAUGUGGAUCAAGAGACUGGGGAAGAUCUAAACCCAAAUCGACGACAAAAUCUUGGCGGGGAGACCAAUGAGGAGUCUUCAGUGAGGAACCCGGACAGACCCACUCACCUCUCCCUUGUCAGUGCCCCUGAAGUAGAGGAUGACUCGCAGGAGCGCAAGCGCCUUACCCGCAUCUCUGACCCAGAGAAGUGGGAGAUCAAACAGAUGAUUGCUGCUAAUGUGCUUUCUAAAGAAGAGUUUCCAGACUUUGAGGAAGAGACUGGCAUUCUUCCUAAAGUUAAUGAUGAAGAAGAUGAGGACCUUGAGAUUGAACUGGUUGAGGAAGAGCCUCCCUUCCUGAGAGGGCACACCAAGCAAAGCAUGGACAUGAACCCUAUUGAAAUUGUUAAGAACCCAGAUGGCUUGCUCGCUCAUGCAGCCAUGAUGCACAGUGCCUUGGCCAAAGAAAGGCGGGAGCUCAAGCAAGCCCAGCGGGAAGCCGAGAUGGAUUCUAUUCCCAUGGGACUCAACAAACAUUGGGCUGAUCCUUUGCCUGAUAUGGAAGGCAGGCAGAUUGCUGCCAACAUGAGGGGUAUUGGGAUGACGCCCAAUGACAUCCCCGAGUGGAAGAAGCAUGCCUUUGGGGGCAACAAAGCUUCUUAUGGAAAAAAGACCCAGAUGUCAAUCCUUGAGCAGAGAGAGAGCCUGCCCAUCUACAAACUGAAGGAGCAGCUGGUCCAGGCUGUCCAUGACAAUCAGAUCCUGAUUGUUAUUGGAGAGACAGGAUCUGGGAAGACAACACAGAUCACCCAGUACCUGGCGGAGGCAGGCUACACUUCCAGGGGCAAGGUUGGAUGUACCCAGCCCAGAAGAGUGGCAGCCAUGUCAGUGGCCAAAAGAGCGUCAGAGGAGUUUGGUUGUUGCUUAGGCCAAGAGGUUGGCUAUACCAUUCGAUUUGAGGACUGUACCAGCCCUGAAACAGUCAUCAAGUACAUGACAGACGGGAUGUUGCUCCGAGAGUGCCUGAUUGACCCCAGCCUCACGCAGUAUGCCAUCAUCAUGUUGGAUGAGGCGCAUGAGAGAACAAUCCACACUGAUGUGCUCUUUGGAUUGUUGAAGAAGACUGUUCAGAAACGGCAGGACAUGAAGCUGAUUGUCACCUCAGCUACCUUGGAUGCAGUAAAGUUUUCUCAGUACUUCUAUGAAGCUCCCAUCUUCACCAUCCCUGGUCGAACAUAUCCAGUGGAAAUACUGUACACAAAGGAACCUGAGACAGAUUAUCUGGACGCCGGCUUGAUCACCAUCAUGCAGAUCCAUUUAACAGAACCACCAGGUGACAUCCUGGUCUUUCUGACUGGUCAGGAGGAGAUCGACACUGCCUGUGAGAUCCUGUAUGAAAGAAUGAAAUCCCUGGGACCUGAUGUUCCAGAGUUGAUUAUCCUCCCAGUGUACUCUGCUCUUCCCAGUGAGAUGCAGACCCGAAUCUUUGACCCAGCUCCACCUGGCAGCAGAAAGGUCGUGAUUGCCACCAACAUUGCAGAGACAUCGCUGACUAUUGAUGGCAUCUACUAUGUGGUGGACCCUGGCUUUGUGAAGCAGAAAGUUUACAAUUCCAAGACAGGGAUCGACCAGCUCGUGGUGACUCCUAUUUCUCAGGCUCAGGCAAAGCAACGAGCUGGCAGAGCUGGAAGAACAGGCCCAGGGAAGUGUUACAGGCUGUACACAGAACGAGCCUACCGAGAUGAAAUGCUGACCACCAAUGUGCCAGAAAUCCAGAGAACCAACCUUGCAAGCACAGUGCUCUCGCUCAAGGCCAUGGGCAUCAAUGACCUUCUGUCCUUUAACUUCAUGGAUGCCCCACCAAUGGAAACCUUGAUCACAGCCAUGGAGCAACUGUACACACUGGGGGCCCUGGAUGAUGAGGGCCUGCUUACUCGCCUGGGCCGCAGGAUGGCAGAAUUCCCACUGGAACCAAUGCUGUGCAAAAUGCUGAUCAUGUCUGUGCAUCUGGGCUGCAGUGAGGAAAUGCUGACCAUUGUAUCCAUGCUGUCUGUGCAAAACGUUUUUUACAGGCCCAAGGAUAAACAAGCCCUUGCUGAUCAGAAGAAGGCCAAAUUCCACCAAACCGAAGGAGACCACCUCACCCUGUUGGCCGUGUACAAUUCUUGGAAGAACAACAAGUCUUCCAACCCAUGGUGCUAUGAGAACUUUAUCCAAGCUCGUUCUCUGCGCCGGGCCCAGGACAUUCGCAAGCAGAUGUUAGGCAUAAUGGACAGACACAAGCUGGAUGUGGUGUCCUGCGGUAAGUCCACAGUCCGAGUGCAGAAGGCCAUCUGCAGUGGAUUCUUCCGAAAUGCUGCCAAGAAAGACCCACAGGAGGGUUACCGGACACUGAUUGACCAGCAAGUGGUCUACAUCCACCCUUCCAGUGCUCUCUUCAACAGACAGCCGGAAUGGGUGGUGUACCAUGAGCUGGUGCUGACCACAAAGGAGUACAUGCGUGAGGUCACCACCAUCGACCCCCGGUGGCUUGUGGAGUUUGCUCCUGCCUUCUUCAAGGUCUCCGACCUGACAAAGUUAAGCAAGCAGAAGAAGCAGCAGCGCCUGGAACCCUUGUACAACCACUAUGAGGAGCCCAAUGCCUGGCGAAUAUCCCGGGCUUUCCGGUGGCGCUGACAGGCCAGACUUGUUUGUCUCCUGCGGCAGUGGUCCAGGGCUUGGACUCACUCUUAUUGGUGAAAAGCUGACCAUGAGGAUACAAUCUUAACUGGACAUUUUCCAAACUUGUUUUACAUUUCUUCCCUUGUGGUAAAAUAAAAACAGGGAUUUAUGCCUGGUUUGACCAGAAUGUCCAGC